AUGGCAUGGGUGACUGAAAUGACUCUGAUAUCUAUGGCUAAGGACCAAUCCUUAGGAACGACUAUGGUUCCCAGGAAACAAAUGGUGAAAGCCAAAGAAGAUAAAGGUGGGGAUAAGAAGUUGUACAAGCUAGCCAAGGCGAUAGAGAGGAGGGCCCGAGACCUAGACCAAGUGAAGUGCAUUAAGGAUGAGAAUAACGAGGUAUUGGUAGAGGAGGCACGCAUUAGACGGAGAUGGAACUCAUACUUCCAUAAACUCUUGAAUGAAGAGGCGAAUAGAGACAUUGUGCUGGGGGGCCUGGAACUCUCAGAAAGGCAUCGAGAUUUUGGAUAUAGUUGGUGUAUAAAGGUUGAGGAGGUUAAAGGUGUUAUUCAUAGGAUGCGUAGGGGAAGAUCGGCCGGACCAGCUGAGAUUCCGAUGAAUUUUUGGAAGGGCGUGGGUGGAGCAGGUCUAGAGUUGCUGGUGAGGCUGUUUAAUGUAAUUUUUAAGACGGAAAGGCGUGUCUAUUUCCGAGAACCAGUUCAGAUUCAUAUCGGAACGCUCAACUACAGAAGCCAUUCAUCUUGUUAG